UGUGUAUCAAUUUCGUUAAGUAGAUUGAUUAAGAACCAGAUAUGAUCCUGUUGAAAUUUUUUCCAUAACUUUUGAAUGUCACAAGAUCCAUAGUUGGUAACUGUAUAUUGAGGUGACUAAGCUUGUUUAAGUCAUGACACAAAGAGUGUUAGGAAGACUUUCUUCUCGAAAGUUAAAAUAUUUUAUCGGAGAAAGAUCAAAUUCGCUAAAUGUAGUCGAUUUUAAAAGUCAACACAUCUCAGAAUUGCAUCAUUCCAGACAUUAUGUUGGACGUACAAACCAAAACAAGUCAUUUAUUAUCUCAAAAUUAGAAAGUAUAUUAAAAAGAAAACUGAAAGAUACAAGAUUAAUUUCAAAACGAUGUAAUUCCUCAAAGUCUGAUCCUGUAGAUUCAAAGGCUACCCCCAUAUCCGAACCUCAGAAAAUUUCCUUAUCUGAAUCACAAACAACGAUCAUUUCCAAACCACAGACACUGGGCAGCAAUCCUGCAAUAUCUGAACCACAGACAAUAACAGCAACUACCGCCAUAUCAGAACCACAGACAAUAGCCAGCACUACCAGUACCGCCAUAUCUAAACCACAGACAACUGCUAGUACCACUGUGAAAUUGUCAUCCUCUGCUGGUCCAACAAAGGUUUUGACCAAAGCAACAACUUCUAGUUCUUCUCUCCAAUCAGAAGAAUGGAGAUCUAUAAAUCCUGCAGCAACAAAAGAAGUAAAACUCUUCUAUUUUGACACCUUAAGUUUAGCAAACAAGUUUCACAGCAAAGGGUUUUCAAGAGAACAAUCAGUUUGCAUGGUGGAGGCAUUUAUUGAGGUUCUUAAUACAUCAAUUGAACAUCAUACUAAGAACAUGGUUACAAAACCCGAACAGGAAAUCAUGGUGCAACAACUUCUUGCACAGAUUGGUGCAGUGAAAAAAGACAUGGUUAUAUUAGAAAAAAGUGAAUUUACUAUGUUGCGAAAUGAAAAUCAAAUGCAAACUGCAGAAAUCCUUCAAAUGAAAACUUAUGUUUCUGAUGAAAUAUCAAAGCUGAAAGGUCACGUCAAACUAGAUAUUAAUUUAGAAAGGAGUAGGUCAAUGGAGGCACAUGCAGAAAAUGAAAAACAAUUGCAAAUUGUUCGCAACAAAAUUGAUACAGAUGUUGCUAAUUUAAAAACUACAUAUGAACAAUAUAGAAAUGAUAUAAUAAAGAAUACUGUAGGUACUAUUGUGUCUUGUACACUAGUGGCAUUAGCUGCACUGAGAUUAAUGGGUUAAUAUUUAGACAAUUAACCAACAUACAUGUAGCAUGCAUAAACAUGUUUUGGUUUUUUUUCAAUGAUGAAAAACAAAGAUCCAAAAUUUUAUAAAUCUCAGAUUUCCUAAGCUUUUGAAUCAAUAUAUGGUAGGUCAUAAUAGUAUUAGUAAUGACAAAAAAUGUUUGAUUUGAUUGAUAUUUUAUCCCUCUGUCAUAAUUUUACAGUGAAAUUUUCAUUAUUGUAUCAACCUCUAGUUGAAAAAAAAAAAUCUUUUCAGAAUAAAAUAUGCUGCCUGAAGAUACAUGUACAUGUAUAUUGGAACUGAAAACUGUAUUUGGCAAUUAUUUUUGUAUGGCAGAUGGAUGAUCAUAGUGGAUAAUAUAAAAUGUCCUUUAAUCUAUUUGUUUUACAAUGAUUCAUUCAUAUGAUCCAUCCAAGGUUAUUUUUACAUUACUUCAUGUACAUUCUGUGGAAAAAUUUUAAGUUUAAAACUUUUUUCCUGAAGGAGAGCUAGAGUUAUCUCUCUUUUGUUGUUGAAUUUUGAGAAUCUAUAUAAUUAAUAAUUAAAGAUUUACAGAUUUUCCUUCUUUUUUUUUUGUGUAUACCACAUGGCAUGCCAGCCAAAUGGUUCACCACUAGUUUACUAUAGUGUAGAUGAAACUUUAUGUAAUAAGGGGUGAAACAAUUUUUAAAAUUCUACCCAGUUUAAAACAUGUACAAUGUAAUUAUCUCAAGUGAUGGUUUUGUCUGUUAGUUAAUGAUUAUCAUUUUUAGUUGUUACACAUUUAUAUUGUUUUCUAUGAAGUGAAAAUACAUCUUUUGAACUGAAGUCUUAUGGAUUUUCUGUCCUUCAGCACAAAUCAAAGUCAUAAACCUUUUUUUUUUUUUUUUUAGAUAUGUUGUUUUUAUAGCUUUAUGUAAACUUGUCUACUUGGAAAGCUUACGGGUCUACAAAUUUUACUAGACCAUUCAUAUUAUUCUAGACAAAAGUACCUUGUGUAUACCCUGUUUUUAAAAUAUUAAAUAUCAGUACUUUUUUAAACAAGCAUGAACAUUGUGGAGCUAGCCUCUAUGAAAAUCCAACACGAGUUCAAACUUUUCUACAUUAUAUGAACUUUUGUAUGGCUUGUCAAUCUCAUCAUAUCCAUAUUUUCAACAGACUUGUUAAUUUACUGUUUGUUAUCAUUAUUAUACAAAUUAACUUGAAUAUGUAUUUGUAAUUUUGUAUGAUGCAUGUUUGUUUUAAUAUCUUUAUAAAAAAAAUUAUAUUGGCUAGGCCAAUAACAAAAAUCAGAGAUGUUAUCCAACAAUAUUUUUUUUAUUGUGAUCGUUGGGUGGGCAUGUAAUUUUUUCUAAAUAUUUGUAAAAGGUAUUGCAAAAUAAAAGAAACUAGCUAGAUAUCAAAUUAAAAUAAUUUUCUCUGAAACAUAGGGUCAGCUGGCCAUGAAUAAGAAUUUUUUAUUAUGACUGGUUGUGCUUUAAACAAGUCUAUAUAAUUGUGUACAAGUUUAUGUAAAAGGAGCAGGGUUACAGAGGGCAUUGAUAUUCUUGUUUUUUUCUUCUGUGAACUACAAUACAUGUUUACUCUGUGAUUUAUUUAUGCAAAUAAAUGAUAUUAUAUUUACCA